AUGCAAGAUGAAGCUUACCUCAAGUUAGCCUCCAGGGAAUCGACCAAUGUGGUUUACCAAGCCCAUCACGUCAGCAGGAGUAAGAGAGGACAAGUCGUCGGUACCAGGGGUGGAUUUCGAGGCUGCACGGUUUGGCUAACAGGCCUUUCUGGAGCUGGCAAGACAACCAUUGGCUUUGCUCUGGAAGAGUACUUGGUCUCUCAUGGCAUCCCUUGCUAUUCCCUGGAUGGUGAUAAUGUUCGUCAUGGCUUGAAUAAAAACCUGGGUUUCUCGGCUGGGGACCGCGAGGAGAACAUCCGCCGCAUCGCAGAGGUGGCCAGGCUAUUUGCUGAUGCUGGGCUUGUCUGCAUAACUAGUUUCAUUUCUCCUUUCACAAAGGAUCGUCAGAAUGCACGGAAAAUUCAUGAGGCAGCUGGGCUUCCUUUCUUUGAAAUCUUUGUAGAUGCUCCUCUAAAUAUUUGUGAAAGCAGAGAUGUGAAGGGCCUGUACAAAAAGGCAAGAGCUGGAGAGAUCAAAGGAUUCACAGGGAUUGACUCAAAGUAUGAGAAGCCUGAAUCUCCUGAACUAGUCUUGAAAACGAAUGUUGCGUCGGUGUCUGAAUGUAUUCAGCAGGUUGUGGAGCUCCUCCAAACACAAAACAUCGUGCCCCAUGGCUCAAUUAAGGAUGUUCUGGAGCUGUUUGUGCCUGAAAACAAACUUGAUAGUGUCCGAGCUGAAGCGGAGAUGCUGCCAUCCGUGGAGAUCACUAAGCUGGAUCUGCAGUGGGUGCAGGUGUUGAGCGAAGGCUGGGCCACUCCGCUGACCGGCUUCAUGCGCGAGGCAGAGUACUUGCAAGUGAUCCAUUUUGGCACCCUGCUCAAUGACGGCGUAGUCAACCUGAGCAUCCCGAUCGUGCUGCCCAUCUCCACGGAGGACAAGCAGCGCCUGGAGGGCUGCGAGGCGCUGGCGCUCAGCUACGCGGGGCGCAGGGUGGCCGUCCUCAGGAGCCCCGAGUACUUCGAGCACCGGAAGGAGGAGCGCUGCGCCCGUGUCUGGGGCACCACCUGCGCGAAGCACCCCCACGUCAAGAUGGUGAUGGAGAGCGGAGACUGGCUGCUUGGUGGAGACCUCCUUGUGCUGGAGAGGAUCAAAUGGAAUGAUGGGCUGGACCAGUACCGCCUGACACCGCUUGCUCUCAAGCAGAAGUUCAGAGAAAUGAACGCUGAUGCUGUCUUCGCAUUUCAGCUGCGCAACCCCGUCCACAACGGGCACGCCCUGCUCAUGCAGGACACACGGCGCCAGCUUUUGGAGAGGGGUUACAAAAACCCUGUUCUUCUGCUGCACCCCCUGGGAGGAUGGACCAAAGAUGACGAUGUCCCGCUGGAUUGGCGCAUGAAGCAGCAUGCAGCGGUGCUGGAGGAGCAAGUCCUGGACCCCAAGUCGACCAUUGUUGCCAUCUUCCCCUCUCCCAUGCUCUAUGCCGGCCCCACGGAGGUGCAGUGGCACUGCCGGGCUCGCAUGAUUGCUGGGGCCAAUUUCUACAUCGUGGGGCGUGACCCUGCAGGCAUGCCUCACCCCGAGACCAAGAAGGACCUCUACGAGCCCACACAGGGAGGAAAGGUCCUCAGCAUGGCCCCAGGCCUGACCUCAGUGGAAAUCAUCCCCUUCCGGGUGGCUGCUUACAAUAAACUGAAAAAGGCCAUGGAUUUUUACGACCCAAAAAGGCACGACGAGUUUGACUUCAUCUCGGGAACACGCAUGAGAAAGCUUGCUCGUGAAGGUGAAAACCCGCCAGACGGCUUUAUGGCCCCCAAAGCUUGGAAAGUCCUAACCACAUACUACCAGUCGCUGGAAAAGAAGAAUUAACGCUACUAGUCCUACCUAGAAAUACUUGUAUUAAGAGUGAGCAAUGAUUGAUUGAUUCCCUAUGACACAGAUCAGUUACUUGGCAUUUCCAGUGCUCUGACUGUAGGGUUUUCCUAUCUGGGUCAGAGGUUUUUUUACUAAUCAGAAAUACUUUGAGCCUGAUCUUUCUCCCCUCGAAGCUGCCAGGAGUGUCCCCAUGGAGCCGGGCCUUUCCUUCCCAGCUGAGCGUGGCUGCGGGAGACCCAGCACGGCCUCCAGAUGGGCCUACCUGGGUCAUUUUGGUGCCGCCAGGGCCACACACCCACCCCCAUACAGAGCUGGGACCUCGGCACCACAAUAAAAACGUGUCUUGUCAUCUGCAUGGAGCAGAAAUGAAGAAGUGCCUUUCUGCUACCCCUCACCCAGCGCUGCCCGAAGAUGCAGAAGCAGCCGCUGAAGUGAGGAGCAGCUGCUGCUGCUGGGGUGGGAGAGGAAAACGGGCACUCGAUGCUCGGAUCCAGUCACUGCCCUCCAGGUUGUGCUUUAUACAGUUUUUGAUAACAAACAGUGGGAUUUUUUUAACGUCUUUUUUUAAAAGGAUUUUUUUUUUUUAUCAGCCUUGACCAUCACCAGUUCCUUGUGGCCGAGAGAAUUGCUCACUGUUCUUCCUUGCUUCCUCCUGCUUGACCUCUCCACUCAAAACAAAACCAGGGCUCAGUGUUACUGGUGUUCCAAGUUCAGCUUUCCGUGGGGUCACUGCUGUGGCCAUCCCUGCGCUCACAGCCCCGUGGGCCCACGGGCAGGGGAAGCUGCCCUGGGAGGCACCGUAAAGCCUGGGAGAUCCCGGAGACCGCUCAGGGCAGUAAGCAAAAACGGGAUGCUGUUGGGUGUAUCCUCAAACCAUGCAGGAUGGGAAUCCCUCUUUCCUCUACCUGUGCUCCUCCCAUCCAAAGGGUGAAUUAAAGGCAAAACACAAAGCAAAAUCACAGCGUGAGGUGGGUCCGAGCAGCAGCACCUGUAACCCAGGUGAGAGGUGGCUCAAGUGCUUGCCCUCAUCCAUACCUGUAGACCUGCACGGGUCCAGGUGACCUCAUUUCACUUUGUAUCUGUGGGAUGGGGACGUUGCCUCCAGCCAGGGGGGAUGGCAGAAAAGUCCUUGGGUACCCCCAGCCUGCAAGGGGUGAUGGGGCCCAGCUGAGUGCCAGUGGCUGGUGGAAAGUUACUGCAGACUCUGCCUUCUUUUUUUUCCCUUCCCUUCCCCACACGGACUUUGCUGCUGUGCAUGAGGCUCCUCCGCUGGCUCCAGCUCCUGUGGUGACCUCUGGCAGGGCUUGGCAGCGACUCCGCACCGAAACUUUACCUGACCCCCUCUGCAUCUCGCCCCAGGCACAUCCUGCUGGGGCUGGUGUGUGUCUGGGGGGUGGUUGUGGUUUGAGCGCGAUGCCCUGCCUGGCUGGGACCCCUCAGCCGCCUGCCUGCGGGAAAGGGCUGGGCUGGGGCGCCGCCUCCCUGGCCACUGCAUGCACGUGGGAGGUUUAGGGGUUUUUUUUGGGAGGGGAAGACAACUAUGCACUUGUUAGUUAACGCAGCCACAUGAAUUGAUUUUUGUAUACUUGUCCUUUCUUAGUAGACACCCCAGGACCAGUCAGAAUGUGUUUCAAAUGGAAUGGAAAUAGAGCGUUCCCCUUUCUUGUGCUUCAGUUUUGAUGACAAAGGGCUCUGUGCUCAGUGACAGCAAUCACACCUCCACUCGUCCCUUGGGGUAGGGAGCUGCAUCACAAGCUAAAACCUGUUUUGCUGUGGCCAUGGUACAGUGUCCGAGAGUACGUAUGCGAUUUGGAACACUUCUGCAAAAAGUCUUUGCUCAUUUGUCAACUCUUUCGGGUUUAUUUUUUUGUAAUUUUUGUGAAUAUUUGGAGCAGAGAGUCCAAAGCUGUGUUAUACCUCAACAAAGAUGCUGCACCACCACCCGUGUCAGUGGCUGAAAGCCCACUCGCACCAGUGCCUUUUACACUCAGGCCCUCUGGCAGGGACCUGGAGGACAGAAGCAAUACUUCCAUUUACUUUUGCGAUAUUUGUAAUUUUUAAGUAGCGAACAGUGCUGUUGCUACUCAAAAUAAUCAAAUGGUUAAAAAAAACCCCAAACCUACAGUAAAUCCAAAUGGUUACAGCAAAACACAACUGUUGUAUUAUCCUUUUAAAAUAGCAUAGUGUACUGAUUACCUCUGAUUAAACUAGAAUACGUGGACUAGGAUUUUUUUUUAUAGUGUAUUUAUUAAAGACAUGAGACUGGAAUUUGUACUUCAACUGAUGCAUCUCAUGAUUUAAUAUAUUCUGAACUUGAUACUCUGCUACAAAACCCUCACUUUUAGUACAAAUAAAUAUUUAUACAUGUA